CUAUUACCACGGAAAGGACCGAGAAGUUGCGAUUGGUAUGUCCUAGAUUUUAAACUUCCGCUUCCGUGUUGAUUUAGAUAACAACAACAACUUUUACUUUUAUGGACUAAUUUCACGUGAUCUUAUCGAUAUUUAGCUUAAAUGAAAAAAGCUGCGACACAGAGUGAAAAUGAUGUCACUCGCUGGGAUUAACUUUGCAUAAAAACAGAAAAUGGCCUCGGCAAGUUUUGUGUCAUCAUGUUGUCUUGGUAACAAGUCUGUCAUCAUUGACAGUGAUAUCCCAGCAGGACAUGCUCUUCUAGAGGAGAAAGUUGUUAGUAUUAUCACCUUGAUUGUCUCGAUUGCCAGUUUUCUUGGAACAUUUGCUCUUGUGAUACCAUGUCGGGCUGGUCAGGUGUCAGCACCUAGUCGGCAGAACAACUUUGUCCAGAGCUCUGGUGUUAGCCAUGUAACAAAAUGUCUCCUAACAGCAGGAUUUCUUGCUAAUCUUGGACUGAUAGUGAGAUCCAGUGUUUGGCUAGGUAAAUACUAUCCACAACCAAAUGAUGGCAACUAUUUUGAUGGUAGACACAUAUUCUGUAUCUUAUCAACACUUUGGGUGCAAUAUUUCUUUCUGAGUGUAAUAUUUUGGCAUUUGGUGUAUGGAGUGGAGACUUUCAUGACAAGCAAUGGUAAAAGGAGUUCCUGGUAUUUGCAAUAUUUUCUGGGAUGGACAGUUCCUGCAGCUCUAUGUGCACUCGCAGCUUUUCUUGCCUACAGACCAUCAUUAGAUAAGUGUGGAGCAAAGCAGGCAGUAAAUCGUGCUUUGAUUUAUGUGAUAUUUCUUGUGCCAGUUAUCUUGGUGUUGUUUCUGAUCAUCUGUCUGUUCUACCGAUCCUAUUUUAAUGUGAAGAGAUCCCUUAUAAGACAUUUUGGACGAUAUUCAACCAUUGAGAGACAGACAAUGGAUAAUAUAUCCGUUAAAUUUAUAAUAAUAUGCACUUCCUUCAUUGUCUGUUGGAUUCCAAAUUUGAUUAAUGGAGUAGUGAUAAAUGUGUCAGAAGAUAGGUCAGGGCAGGUCGUUUUUAUGUUAAUAGUCCUUGAGUCUGUGUUGAAUCCUUUCCAAGUUCUGAUAGACUCUAUGGUGAUGUUUGGGUGGCCACCAAGAGGGUGUUGCUGUAUUUUAUUACGUUCUCAUCACCAUGACAACAGUAACUAUGCAAAUAUCAAUAACCUUGGAAGGUCAAGGAGGUCAAGGUCAUCUAGAGCCAGUGAGACGGAUCCCUUACUCAGCUUUAGCAGGAACCAGCACACAGUGUGAUAAGAACAGCAGUGAAGAUUGUCAACUUUGACUGUUGUUAAAAUGAUAAUGAUGUCACUGUAGUACACAUGCCGUAGUUUGGUGCCAAGAUUAAGGUUGAAUAAUCUAUUGGGUUUGCUUUAGUUUUUAUGGUAACUUCUUUUGAUUAGUGUAUUUGCAGGUGGGUGGGAAGGGGAGAUUUGCUUUGUUGAAAAGGUACCUACCUCUCAACCUAUGAAUCCUGGGUAAGAAUCCUACUGCUUGGUAAUUACUAUAUUUUCUCAAGUGGGAUCAGUACUGAAUUAUUGUUUAACCCUUGUCUUAUUAAAUUUCUAAAAUUGACUUGUCUACUUUACAAGAUAUGCAGAUCUUUUACUGCUGCUAUCAGUAGGCUAGUAGUUAGAAUGACUUUAAGCAGUCAUCAGAAUUAAGCUCAGAACAUUAUGUUUAUUCUAGCAUGUACAGACCCAAGUAAAUACUUAAACAUAUGCACAAUAAUUAAAGUGAUUUUCAUUGUUAAGUUGUGCAGAAUUGACUAUAUAUUUCAAGAGAUUGACUGUUUGACCAACAAUGUUCAGGGUAAAAAAUAAGUCUGUCUAAAGCAUAAAAAGACUGCUCUACUUUUUUAUGAAUGGAACGUUACAGGAAAAUUCCUAUUUUUAUGUAUUUACAGAAAUUUCCUUGGGUCACUUUAGUUAUUGAUCAGUCAUGUGAAAUAAAAUAUAAAACUGAAAAGAAUUAUGGCAAAAUGAAAACUGAUUUUUGACUUUCACUUGUUCACUCAUUAUAUGCCCUUGGAUGGGCAUUAUGUCACUUUAAACAAAUACAUUGUAUAUGAGCAUGAUUAUAUAAUGUAUUGUUGACUCAAGAUUGCCACCAGCUUUGGAAAAAAAAAUUAAUGGACUUUGUCAGAAAAUAAAGACAAAGAUAGGUUUUUUAUAGAGAAUUUUACCUUACGGUAUCUAUAAUAAAUUGAAUUGAAACAGUUGUUGUAAAGAGAUUACUGUUCUACAGAGGGUUACUCUGUGAGGAGAUUCUGCAUUAGGCAUUUAAGAUUGGAUACAAUUGUUCAAUGACCUUUUUUACCAUAUAUUGUAUAUCUAUACAUUUUAGUGCUUAGUCAUUAUCAAUAAACAAUGGGUGUUAUCUUGAACUGAAAUAGAAUCAUUAGCUCUUUGUAUAAUUAUAGUCAUGGCAUUUUUGUAUUUCAUUUCUUUUUCCUAUCUUGUAGAAUAUUUGUUUUCAGUUGACAUUUUAAAGGCCCAGACACUUGGAGGUCAGACUCUAUUCCCCGACUUGAUCCCCCACUAAAAAACUUGUUUAAGUCUGCAAUUGUUACAUUAUUGAAAAUUGAAAGUACAUGGAAUUUUUUUAAGGAAAACUGAAUUUUUAUAAAUGAUUAAAAUAGAUGCCCCAUUUGUGUAAAAAUGUAAAAGAUUUUUAUUGAAUGUUUACAGGGCCGGUUCAAGCUAUGGGAAAGUGUCUGACCCAGAAGUGUCUGUGUUUAAAGAUAGAUCUGUUGUUGUCAUAUAUGUAUUGUGUUUAACUGCAAUUUAUUUAUAAUUUUGUCUUUCAUUAUUCUUAAGAUAUUUAUAGGGUCACUGUGGUAAAUGUUGUUCCGGUUGCUACAUGUAACUUCUUAUUUAAUUAAACCUCAUUGUUUACACUCAUAUGUUUGGUCAAAAGAAAAGUUUCUAUGUUUUUGAAAUUUUUGAAAAAGAAAAUGGGAAGCAAUUUCAAGUUAUUGCAGAAGUAUUUAUGGAAAAUGGGAAGAAAGCUGGGUAUAAUAAAAAAGGAAGCAUUCUUAAGUAAAAAAACACACACAAAAAAACAGGGAAACUAUCUACAGUGCAUGCAAGAAAGUCAGUACAUGUGAAUUAUAGAAAUGCUUUAUAAAGAAAAGGAAAAAUGUAUGAAAAAGGAAAGGAGUUUCAAGCUAUGAUUAGGUUUAUAAAAAAAAAUGGGAAGCAAUUUGUAGUAAAUUGUUUUGCAAAAGAAAGGGGAAGCAAUUUGUAGUAAAUUGUUUUGUAAAGAAAGGAUAAGGUGAUUUGUAGAUAAAAAUUAUUUGGUAAAGAAAAAGGGUAGUAAAUUGAUUUGUACAUAGAAAAAAGAAGAAAUCUAGUGAUAUUGCUUGAAAAAACAAAUAAGUUUUUUUUUUAAAUAAUGGGAAGUAAUCUUUAGUAGUCAUACUGUUAGUAAGGUUUGACAGAGUUGUGUCCCUUAUAUUGAGCAGUAACUUUUAUGCAGAUUUUUGAAAUGAAACAUAUUGUUUGUGAUAGAAAAUAAAUGUGCUAAAUUAUGUUUAAUGUUGUUGAUGACAUAUGUGUAUAUUGUAUUAUUUAUUUUAUAUUUUGUUGUAUUUUUAGCUAUUGCACAAUUUAUUUAUAAUUUUGCUUUACCUUGUUUAUGAUUAUGCUGUUUUAAAGUGUUAAUAUUUUUAUGGCAUUUUUACUUGCAUCAUAGCAAUGUUUUUUUUAUAACUUUUAAGUUAUAUAUAUUAAGGUGCUUUUUAAGUUGUUUAAACUGUAGUGUCACAUAUAAUCCAAUCAAGCAAGCUGAAAUUAUGACAUCAAAAUAAAACUAUGACAUAGUGUUAUGUCAUUUGAUCAUUCAUUUAAAUGAGCCGUGUCACGGCAAAACCAACAUAAUGGGUUUGCGACCAGCAUGGAUCCAGACCAGCCUGCGCAUCCGCGCAGUCUGAUCAGGAUCCAUGCUGUUCGCUAUCAGUUUCUCUACUUGUUAUAGGGUUUGUAAGCGAACAGCAUGUAUCCUGACCAGACUGCGCGGAUGCACAGGCUGGUCUGGAUCCAUGCUGGUCACAAACCCAUUAUGUUGGUUUUGUCGUGACUCUGCACAAAUGAUGUUUAUACAAAUUACAAUUAAAGGAUUGUUUAGUGCAGUGAGGCAUUCAAAUUGAGGCAUAAUUUGUCUUUAAUUCCUAGAAUCCAAUUAGUCCCAGAAUGGAAUUAUUUAUUAUCUACAACUUAGUAGGCAAUGCUAAUUUAUAUAAGAAAUUUACAUAGAUAGUAUAAAGUUAAGAUGAAAAUUAAAUGAACAUUUUCAUAAAGUCUUAUUCGCAAAGAUCCUAUAAUCUAACAAAUAUAGUUCCUUUGAGUAUAGAAAUUGUUUGUUCAAAAAAAGUUUACUAAAAUUGAAAAACGCACCAUGCAUGUGACCUGUUAUUGUUUAAAUACAUGUGUAAGGUGAAGGCCACUUGAAGGUCCAAAAUAGUAUGUCAUGUCAUAUGUCACAAUUUUUUGUGCUUUAUUUUAGAAAAAAAAACUUUUGAAAGAUUUUUGUGUAAUAUACAUGUACAGUGCUUUUAAAAAACAACGUCAGUUUUUGGUUUCAUCUACGAACAUUUUCAUCUACGAACAUUAUGUUUAAAUUGAUUGCAAUGUACAACAACUGCAUGGAAUUCAUUGGCGGGAAAAUUGCUUUUUUGGCACUUUCCUUUUGUUUUGUAGCUUGUCUUUUGCCAUGACAUGCUUGGCUAUAUUCUUAAGGUUUCUUAGUUUCUUUCACUUGCACACAUCUUGCCUUGAACAAGAGCUUCAUUAUGACAUUUUGUUAUAUGUUUUAUUAACACCUUGAAAAUAUCCAUGACCUUGAAGUUUAAUAAUAUUUAAUUGCUAAUAUAUACAUGAAAUACACUUAAAGGCAACAU